AUGGCUAAAAUUGAAUUAGUUGACGCAGGAUGUUUCAUUUCUCAAAUGAAUGAAUUAUUAUUAAUUGAUCCAUUGUAUAUAAAUUAUGCUAUAACUCAUUAUUUUAAUUCUUUUAUAAAUGAUAAAAAAGAUCUGUUACCACAAGAAAGUUUAAAUGGCAUUUAUUUUCCCAAUGCAAAAGCAGGGUUAUGGUCAUCUUUUGCUAUAAGAGAAAAUAACAACUUUUCUUAUAAUUCUAAAGAAACAUAUAGUAAAAAAAAUGAAAAAGAUAAAACUUAUAAUAGUGAAACGGUAAUUUCUUUUAUUUGUUUUAAUAAUACUGAAUAUUUGCAUGAAUAUUUAACAAUUCAAAAAAUUAAUGAAUUGGAUUGGCAAAUAUAUGAAUCAAAUAAAAAUCAUAUUGGAUAUUGUACGAAUGAAAAAAAUAUUAAUUUAGAUAAUGAAAGAGAAAGCAAUAACGAAAAAAUUUAUUUUCCAAAUUAUUUUACUAAUAUAUUAACAGUAGAAAGUGGGCAAGUUGGCCUAUUUUGUAUUGAAUCCAUUAAAAGAAGUUCACAUAUUCUUCUUCAAAAAAAUAUCAAUAAAGAUAUUACUAAAAAAGAACAACUUAAUGACACAUUUAGGGAAAAUUUAAAUAAAUUAUAUCCAUGGUAUAACAAAAUAUGUGAUAUAACUUUAACUUCAUCUAUUGGAAUAAUUGAUUUUAUUGAUAUGCCAGUAGGCUGUGUUUGUGUUUCAAAUUCAGAUUGUGUAGUUAAUUAUUUAUGUGAAAUUGUAAAAGAUGAAGUAACAGAUGAAAUUUGGGCAAUAAGAGUUAAUUUUUUAAAACCAUUGAAAUAA